AUGGCUCCACUGACGUUGUUGGUGCUCUUGGCGUUCCUUGGGUGCGGGACGGUGGAGGCAACGGUGCCUGCCCAGGAGGAGAGCACCGAGCCGGCUUCCCUGAUCCAUUACACCGAGCCGAGCUACGCGAGCUCAAACUCCAUAGAGUCGGGCUACAGGGGCCUCACCGAGCUCCCCGGUGGCAGGAUAGUCAAGGGCCGCAGAGUCCUCGAGCGCUCCAAGAGCCCCUACAUCCUGCGGGAGGACCUCUACGUGGAGAGGGACGCCGAGCUUGGCUUGGAACCUGGUGUCGAGGUGCGCUUCGCCCCCAUGAUCGGUAUCACCGUCAGGGGUGUAAUCAGUGCCGAGGGAGAGGAAAACAAGCCGAUCUUGCUGACGAGCGCGGAGGGCCCGCCCGGUCGGCCGGAGGGCCGCAUGCUCCGGCUUGUCGAUGGCCCCAGUCCGCUCGAGGGCCGCCUCCAGAUCUUCCACAAGGGCGAGUGGCGCUCCGUCUGCACCAACUCGAGAAACUGGACCCGCGCGGAUCUAGAGACGGCGUGCAGGGAGCUCGGGUACCAGGGCGGCCGCUGGUGGGGCUGGCUGGACAGGCAAUGGCCGGCGAGACCGAGGCUGCUGUACGAGCAGCCGCAGUGUCGGGGCACCGAGUCAUCGCUGCAAAGUUGUGGCCUCUGGCAUAACAGGAUGCUCGGUGCCGGCGUGUGCGAUUAUCAUCCGGAUUUGGGUAUCGCGUGUUCUCCGUUCCACGAUGGGGCGACCGGUGCCAUCAAGCACUGGCGUGGUCUGCGGUUCGAGAACGCGGCAUUCGACAGGCCGCUCAUACAGGAGAAUACCCUCUACGUGCGUCGAUCCAAGUCGAUUCUUAGAUUCGUGGAAAUCAGACACGCAGGAACUGGGCGUGAGUUCAACGUUACUUCGGCGCUGCACGUCGAAGGCGUACCACCUCGAAUGAAAUCGAUAUCAAUUAUUGGCUCGGCGUUCACGGGUAUAAACGUCACGUUACCGGAUGCGCCCAUCGUCAUUUCCAACUGCACGGUGCAAGGAAACAGAGGAGACGGCAUUUACAUGAGCAGCUCCACCGGCCAGGCGCACAUAAAAAACUGCGUGAUCGAGGACAACGAGGCGGACGGGAUAAAGUACGUCCACCGCGACGAGCGGCCGGACGAUUUCCUCGACCGGGCGGACGUCUACGAUCUCUGCACCUUCCCCAAGACGGCUAGUCAAACCUUCCCCGUGACCAUAUCCCUUCGACAGAGCGAGUACGCUCCAAACCCGAAACGAUGCCCACAGCACAUCCACACGAUGCCGGGCCACGUGCUGACAGUGCAUUUCUUGCAAAUGAAGACCGACCGCAACGACAGCGCCAUCAUCGAGAUCUACGACGGUAUGAGCACCGUCGAGAAACCCUUGGCCCGCGUAAGCGUGAGAAACGGCACCCUGCCGCAAAGCGUCACCACUUCCAGUCAGAACUUGUUCAUCAAGUUUUACGCCGAGUCGCGCACCUCCAUGGUAGCCUUUCUACGACUAAUGUCUGGUUACCGAAAAACGUACGAUUUAAACGUGACCGGUAGCACGAUAGCCGAUAACAGCGGGCGCGGCAUAGCGGCGGAGCGCUUGCGCUCGGCCCUCCACAUAGACGACACCUCGGUUUCGAACAACCGGCACGUUGCCGGCGUCCACGUGCUCGGCGGCGUGCCGGAGGUCAACAUAACCAACAGCCGGGUGGCCUUCAAUCAGGGCGACGGAGUCAACGUCACCGUGACCGGUGGCACGCGAAACAUCUCCCGCUCGAGCAUAUCGUCCAACCGGGGCUACGGCUUUGCCGUCUGGAUGAACGACAGCUCAUCGAGCGAGUACGUGCACUUCAACCAGAGCACGGUCAUCGAGUAUUCCGAGAUCUUCCGCAACCGUGACAUUGGUAUACUCGUCGGCAACGCCACGGGCAACUCGUACGUCAACGUAACCGGAAACUGGUUCAACAGUAGCACCGAGACUUCAGUGCAGAUAGAGUCGAGCUGGCGCCACAACCAGGGCAUCCUCAAGCUCCAGAUCGGCCAUAACCUCUUCGUGCAGAACGCAAAGUUGGGCAUCAAACUGAGCCCAGCUUUGAACCUCGAGGGCGUCCUCGAGUACAACCACUUUCGCGAGCACACUUAUGGCUGCGUCCUCGUGCGCAAUCCUCUGCUGGAGGAGCUUAACGUGCUUCCGGCGGACUUGCUGAUCCAGCACAAUGAGUUCUACGACAACCGCGGCCUUUUCGUCGCGAGUCUUGGCUUUUCGGCUUACAGCGAGGUUCAGCGCCUUCUGUUUACGCGCAAUUUCCUCAAGGACAACAGGGCCCGAGAGCCCUUUGACAAUGGCGCCGAUAACCGGGCCACCGCGAGACUCGUGCCUAGGUCAAGGGUCUCUGCGGUGGUCGUCGUCUCGUCGAGCAACGUACACGUCUUCAGAAACAUACUGGACAAUCCUCAGUCCAACUACGAAAUCGGCUCCCAUCUCGAGGACCAGAGCAAAAUCAUCAACUGCACCUACAACUGGCUCGGCUCGUACGAGCAGCCGGAGAUAUUCGAGAGGCUCUUCCACAGAAAGGACCGCUACAACUUGGCAAAAAUUGAGUAUAUCCCUUAUCUACUGUCACCGAGCAAUCCGGCCACGAGCACCAUCAAUCCGAACCCGACCUACGUGCCACGUUUUCUGAAGCCCGGUAGCAAUGUGGUCGGUGGCGAGGUCGACGGCCACGAGAUCCUCCAGGCGGGCGAGUACGCGGUCAAACGCGACAUAAACGUUCGCCCGGGUGGCAAACUGAUACUCCAGCCGGGUGUGACGCUCCGCUUUCCUCCAGCAGUGGGUAUCAUGGUGGCUGGCAAACUCGAUGCGCACGGCGUUGGGCCGAACAGCAUCCUCAUGACGCUGAAGGAUGAGAUAGUCGGGGCUCAGGAGAACGCAAGCAACGACACCAUCAGCCUGGAUCAAACAAUGAUGGCCGACGAGUCGAACCGGGUGCCGGUCCGGCUUCUCGGGGGCAAGACAAGUCACGAGGGCCGACUGCAGGUCAGGGUUGGAGACAAGUGGGGCACUGUCUGCAACUACGGCUGGACGACGCGCAACGCGGCCCUGGUCUGCCAUCAGCUCGGGCUGACGCUAGACCCCGACAACUGGUGCAUGGAGCGCUCGCAGAUCCCGAGCGCCGGCACGAACGAGGACAUAGUGCUGAGCAACGUGCGCUGCACCGAGGACGACAUAGACGUGUCGCGCUGCAAGGCCGAGACGAGCGCGGAUUUUGAGAAUUCGUGCACGCACGAGCACGACGUUGGCCUGAGGUGCACCGAGCCGGCGUGGGCCGGUUUGAGGUUAGGUCCCCUUGCCGAACGCAGUGACCUGCAAUACGUCAGCAUCGAGAGAGCCGGCCUGCUGGAUUACACCACUGAUUCAUUCAAGCCGGCCCUCCAGAUCGACUUUGCCCGUCACUCGCUCGAGGGCGUGAGGGUCGUCAAUAACCUCCACGACGGCUUGGGUGUCCUGUACGCCGACAUAUACUCGGCCGAUGCGGUGAACGCGGUACGAAACAGCGAUUUCAGCAACAACGGGGCCAGCGGCGUGAGCUUCAAGCAGCUGGGGCUGCACAUCGCCAACUCGCGCCUCGAGAACAACCAGUUGGCCGGCAUCAGGCACAAUCCGGCGCUCUCUGCGGUACAGCAGAGGGAAUUCGCCGGAUGGUUCACGAGCUCGCCCGACACCUCGCUGGACACAAACUACGCGCCGGUCCUCGUGCCGGAGCACAGCGGCGACAUUGAGCUGGACCUGCGCGAGACCAAGUACCUCGUCACCUCGAGGAUCUCCGAGGAACCCGUCGACCGGUUCUAUCAGAUCAAGUGCAAGCCGGGCUACGUGGUCGGAAUUCAACUGUUAAAUCCCAUACUCAACAGGAGCACCGAGCAAAUAGUACUCCACGACUCGCAGAACGUCAAGCACCGCGGCAACAUAUGGCACGUAAAGAGGGACCUCACGGUAUUUCCGGUCGCUUCGAGCUCGUACAUUGUCGUGCUCGAGUACCACAGCGGUGACAAUGCACUGGGUGGAACCGUUAUUGUGCUCACCUCGCUUCCUGCGCCGAUUCAGGACAUAAGAAAUCGCAUAGUACGCGGUCCGAUUCCGACCCUACACGUUUCAAACACAAAGAUACGGGGCAAUCGGCAGGGCAUACACGCCUCGUACUACAAUCGUUAUCUCGACGAGCGUGGCGACCACUACCUUCGCAAGGCCAACGAGACAAUACAGCUCGUCGACUGCGAGAUCUCGCACAACAAGGAGGAGGCCAUUCACGUGCACUCCCCGCACUGGAAUGUGUUUCAUUCCAACAUUUCGGAAAUAUCUAUUCACGUCAACAACAGUCUGAUAAUAGACAACGGCCGUGGAAUAAUCCAGUACAGCCGAGACAUGCGCCAGUCGAACAACCUGUUCCACUGGAUAGUCAAGGAUAGUACAAUCGAGCGCAACCAAGGGGGUGGCUUCGAGAUAUCCCUGCCGUACGUGUGGCAGUACAACGAGAACUUUACGCACUCGAUCUACAUGGACAACAACACCUGGCAGUCCAACGAGCACUUUAGCUUCGUGAUUGACGGGCACUACGCGAGUUUCAACAUGACGCGCAACCGAUUCGAGGGCAACCGGUGCAAGACCGGCCUCAUAUCGGUCCGGGGCAUGGAGAAGCGCAUGAAGCUCGAGGCGAACCGCAUCGAGCACAACCGAGGCAGCUACAUGGUGGAGUUCCGGGCUGACAGCCAGUCCGAGAUAAUGGGCGAGAUAGACGCGAGAUUCGUUUACAACGAGGUCAAGCAGAACAGUCGUAGCUCAAGUCCGGGCCGCGGCGCGUUGCACCAAAUGUUUACGAUGCCGAGCUAUGUCGUGGGUUUUCACGGGAUCCAGAAGGUGCGCGUAAGCAGAAAUCUAUUUGGCGGCAAUGAUCUGGAUUACGAGCUCCUUGCUGGAAUCAUGACCGCGAAAAUCAACAACAUGGUCGACGUCACUGAGAACUGGUGGGGCACACCCGACGAUCGUCAGAUCAGAGAACGAAUAUUCGACUUCGAUGAUUGGAACGAUCACGCUGUAGCGAACUUCCGUCCGUACCUGAAGACCGAGUCUCUGGACUCCCCGACCUCGGCGGCCUGGGAGCCAGCGACCGAGGUCGACCUGAACCACCUCGGCGGUAGAAUAACCGAUAACCUGUCGCUGUACGCGAGAUCCGAGCCUUACACCGUCAAGUCCGACCUUACGGUCAUGCCCGACGCGACCCUCCAGAUACACCCGGACGUUGUCAUGGAGUUCGCACCCAACGUCGGGAUACUCGUGCUCGGCACCUUGAAAGCCAUCGGGGCGCCCGGCCACGAGAUCGUCAUGAGACCGAUCGCCAGCGAGAACGACGUUUCAUCGCGACCCAAGAGAAAUACCGAUGCCCACGCCGUCAUCAGACUGUGCGAGAAUGGAAACUGCACCGAUUCAGCGAGCUCUGGUUUCGUUGAAUACUUCAAUCGCACCACGCUUCAGUGGAUACCUCUCUGCGACACUCGUUUCACCGAGCGCAACGGCCAAGUGGUGUGUCGCCAACUGGGCUUCGAGCCCCUCAACGUCUACGUGUCCCGAGAUCGGCGCUACGAGCUGCAUCCUGGCUCUCUGUCGAGGAUAUGGUCGUGGCCCGAGCCUCUGCAGUGCACAGGGAACGAGGAGAGCCUGGAGGACUGUCAGAUCCGGCUUAACGGUCAACUGUACGGUCACCGUCACGAGUGCCCGUGGGACGGCGACUUUGUCUUCGUCCACUGCGGCGAGCGCAACCUGGACCCUACGCUGGGCUACUGGGGUGGCAUCCGCAUCGCCAACAGCGAGUUCGAGCACUACCUCUACGAGUACCGCAUCCACGACCUCGUGACGCACGAGACGGUGCGCAGGGUGGAGUCGGUGCUGCAAUUCGUCAACAUAACCGGCGCCGGGAUCCUCCACAACGAGCGCUCGCCGGCCGUACAGUCGAUCAUCAAGUCGCCCAAGGUUACGCGAGUGAGCGUCGACCGUAGCGCCCACCACGGCAUCAACGUCAUUUCACCGGCACACUCGGUCGAACUACUGUUUAAUCAGGUACGGAACGCUUUGGGCAACGGUAUCAAUAUACUCUCGCUGACCGGCGAGGGACGCGAGGCCGACGAGAGCUCCUUCACUCCACUGAAGGACCUGAACGUACCGUAUCACCUGUUCAGUCUCGUCGACAUAUGCGACACCACCAAAGAGAUAACCAUAGAGGAGCGCGUGCUCCUUUACUACAAGUACGAUAACAAUCCGGUCAACUGCAUCAAGAUAUUCCGCAGCAGUCACAGGGCCAAGCCUUUCGGAUUCAGGUUACUGCAGUUCAACCUGUUCAACUCUACCGGCAAACCCGGCCGGCCGGACAGCUUGACGCUCUACGACGGCGACAUCUACAACGUCACCGUCAAGAAGAUCGACGAGCUGUACGUGAGCAGCGGUAGCUCGGUCAAGAAGCUGUUCAGGACGCAGGGUCCGAGCUUGAGCGUCAAGCUGUUCGCCACCGGUGCCAGUAGCGUCCACGGCUUCAUAGCCGAGGUCAUCACCCUGCCCAUAUCGGCCAUCGGAUUCAGUCGAGAUGUACAGCACAAUAUUUCAUACUCGGUCGUUUCCGAGUGCCAAGAGGGCGCCGUGAGGUACUCCAGCGCAGGCGAAGUUAACGCCGUCAUAACUUUGGAGAGGAACCAAUUUGUGCGAAAUUGCCAAAAAUUGUACGGAAAUUUCAGCACUUGCGUGGCAGCUGUCUCGUUGGACGUUCAAAACACGCAGUCAAUUUAUUUCAGGAAUAACCUGGUUAUGAAAAAUCAGGGUGGUUUGAGAAUCCGAGCCGAUUCACGGGGUUCCGCCACCUCCCUCAAGGGAUACAUACACAACAAUCUGUUUACGGAUAAUCUGAACAAGCCAGUUUUAUACGUCGAGGGCCGACAGAGCAGUCCUUACCAGGAAGUUACGGUAUACAGGAAUUACUUCACGAAAAACGUGGCAGAGUACGAGAACAACAUUGUUUUGAAGCAGGUCGUCAGUAACAUGACCUUGAAUUACUUGCACGGUAAUCUCGGUAAGCACCUGCUCGAGAUCUCUGGUUUCGAAAGGGUACGCCUGCCGAUUUACCAGAGCACGUCUCACAAUGGUUUUUACAAAAAUUACGCGGUUGACCGCGAGGGUCGUAGCACGAUAGUUGCGGGUACUCCGGGACAGCAGUACGUGGACAACAUCUUCUUCAAUCCCGACAACGAUUACGAGAUGAUUACCAUCAAUAGAUCACUCGUCGUCGACUCGGAAUGGUACACUAACCAACUGGAAAUGUGGAGAUCGAGCGUGGACGCGAGGCACAAUUACUGGGGUUACAACGAGACCCUAGCCGUUGCCGGACGCAUCCGCGACCGCGGCGAUUCGCCGGAACUCCUGCAGGUCGAAUUCCAGCCUUACCACAUGAACAACCGAUCGGUGCUGACCGGCAAGUGUCCACCAUCGUGGGACCUCGUCGGUGACACCUGCUACAUAUUCAUCGGUGCGCCCAUGAAUUUCUUCUCUGCGCGCGAUUUUUGCAGGUCGGCAAACGCUUCAAUGCCUUUCAUCAUGGGUGAUUACCGCGAACUGUGGAGAUUCCUGAAAAAGCAACAAGAGCGCUUCGAUUACUCGGAGCGCGUCUGGAUCCAGCAGAUCGAAAAGGUCAAUCAGUGCACCAUGUUUACGUACCAGACAGUGGAGAUAGAUCACUGUGCCCAGCCGAAUCCCUUUGUAUGCGAAAUCGAUCCAAGAGUUUACAUCGAUCCGCUCUCCUGGAGGAAGGACAUUGUCAUGGUCGGGAUACUCAGUGCAAUAGGAGUUGCUUUGGCUCUGGUGGCAGCGGCCAUUGCUCUCUGGGUCUCGAAGUCAAAGCGACGCCAAGUGGAGAGACUCGAAAGGCGAAACUCGAUCAGGCAAUCCCUUCAUUCUUUGCGAUCCGUCGGUUCUACGUCUGGGUUCUCGGAGCUGGCUUACCAGAAACGAAGGCCCAUACCUACAAAACAGUCCACGGACACGCUGAACUCGCGCUUCAUGGACUACAAGAAGAUGUCCAAUGGCGGCAGUCUGGACUCGAUGGACAAGUCCCAACUGAACUCCUCGAUCGAGGACAACCAGUGCUACGACGGCUACGAGCCGCACGAGCCGCGCUACUCGCCGAGCACGAGCGCCGGCGCGACCGGCCACAAGUUCGUCGGCGACAACCCAGCCUACGAGCUCGCCUACCGGAACGAAGGCUUCCGCAACAACUCGACCUUCACGUCGCGCAACAACAGCGCCUGGCCAUCCGAAGCCAACAGCAUCGCCGCGCCCGAGGACGGGCAAACACCGAGCAGCGAGCGCGUGGACACGUCGUCGGGUUACCUGCACCACGUCUCGACGCUGCCGCUCAACUCGAGCCUCGGGACCACCGACUCGAUAAGCGAGCUGAAGCGCGACCUCCGAGCUACAAACGCGUCCCUCGACUACGAGCACGUGGGGAUCGGCGGCGGGGGCGCGAGCAGCCACUACGAGAUUGCGACGAGUCCCGUGACCCCGGUCUCGGAGCCCGUGCCCGAGUACUACCACGCGGCGACCCUGCCUCAUCCUCAGCAUCGGCAUUACCAGCACCAGCAGCUGCGGGAGCAACAGCCACCGCCGCCCCCGCCGCCGACGCAUUACUACUACGAGGACAGGCCGAGGAGCGAGGCGCUGCUCGAGACGAAUCUCGACGAGGACCGGCCGCUCAGGUCGAAGAGCGAGGCCGCGAUCCUCGAGACGAACUUUGACGCGUUUUCGCCGAGCGAGCCGACAGAGCUUACCCAGCUCUCGACCGCCGGCAGGAGCAAGAGCCAGCCGCUCGAGACGGCUAUGUGAUUCGUUCAUUUUUAUUAUUAUUAUUAUUAUUAUUAUUUUUUUUUUUUUUACCAUUAUAUUAUUGUUACUAUGAGUAGUAUCGGGACAAUUGCGUAUGCUAUGUAGACGUAUACGAUAGCUGAAUUGCGAUCAAGUCGAAGCUCGCCGU